AUGCCGGGUCGACCCGGCUCUGCGGAGGAGCUGUACGGGCUUGUGUGUGCUCUGCAAAAGCAGCAGCAGCUGACACAGGUCGACCUCCGCGCGGUGCAACGGCGCACCGAGGCGCUACGGCAGGAGCUGCACUGUCAGGAAGCACUUAUUGCCGAAGAGCAGGCGAAGCGUGAAGAGCUCGCCGCAAAACACACGCCAGGCGAUGCCGAGCUCCGGCUUGCGGAGGCGCACGCAAGGGGAGCUGCACGGGCCAGUGCCGACGCGGCGCAGGAGUUGCGUGGUGCGAGACGGGCCUUUCUGCAGAAGUGCCAUGCCCAGGUUCUCUCGGUCGGGAAAGGGCCAACGGAUCCUAGACGGUCCGGCGCGCCCGUUGCGCCAAGCAACUGCACACCUCUUUCCUCUGCUGCAGAUGAGUCGAGCUCAGGCUCCUUAAGUGCCGUGGGGCUCGGUCCACGCCGUGAGGCGACGCUCAUGCCGGCUGCGGCUGUGCGUCAGCUGCUCCUCUUGCUGAGAGAAAAGCUGAUGCGGUGCAUCGAGGUGGGCUCGACGGCGGUGCCUGCCCCGUUCGUUGUCGCAUCUGUCGUGGCGCCAGCGACGGAGGGGGGUUCAAGUGAGCAGCCUCGUGACUGCAGACCUUCCGACGAGCAAGGUGCAGCCGCUAAAGUGGCCACCAGUGUGAUGUCUCCGCUUACCGCUGCGAAAAGCCCUCACGGGCCGCCAUCAAAAUCCGUGACGGAUGCGUGUGUGCGUGGCGCAGCUGAUGACCAAAGCCCCCCCCGUGAAAAGAAACGUAUCGGCUUUGCACCGGAGUGCUGCUUCGAGCGGGUGACGGCCGUGCCCGCCGCCAACGUGAACCGCGGCACGAGAGAAACGUGGCUGACGGAGGGUGCACCUGGUGCCUGCGGCAGCACUGCAGUUGUGCCACCGGCUGCUAACGUAACGCUCGAUGGCGACAACCACCCUUCGAACGCCUGCCUGAGAAACGACUCACGCCCGCGCACACAACGCUUCGACGGCCACUUCACCGUGCGUGUUGCCUCGCGCUCGGCGACACUCGUUGCCGAGGCCGCAGCCAUGGGAGCAAAGCGCCAGCGCGCCUCCGAAGCCGCGAUCGCCGCCCAGUCAUCACCCCCUAAAGCCGCAAGAGCGGAUGGUGAUAAGGGUGUUUCUGCCUCCAGGGCGCCACAGGGCGCCGGUGUCGCCGCUGCCUUUCCACCCGCGUAUACGAGCAAUCGAGACCGUCUUGUUGCCCCAGUAGACUUGCUGUCGCCGCGGUCUGCCGAGGCUCGGCGCAACGGCAGCAGUGGAUCGGGCCGACGCACAGUGUGGACAUGGACGCGCGGCACGUCGCGUGAGCCAUGA